AGCUGGUCGGUAAGUGUUCAGUCAGUCUGACAGAAGUCCAACUUAAGUCCUAGUUCAGACUUAGUGUCAGAAGAGGAUGAAGUUCAGGGUCCUACUUUUGGUUCUCCUGCAGGUUCUGGGUGGCUCAGGUGUGCCACUGUUCCAGCUGAGCACUAAGGCAGAUGAGGGUCUCCGGAUGGCCCUUGACCAGAUCAAUACUCAUCACGCCAGAGUUCGUCUCUACAAGGUGUCCAGGGCCUCCGUGAAACGGGUUGUUCCGAUGGGAAUGAACACAUAUGACUUGCUGCUGAAAUUUGAAGUGAGGGAGACUGACUGUAAGAAAACCUCUGGAGUUGACCCUCAGGGAUGUUCUUUCCGACGAAGCUUCUUUGUGUCAGAGGCUUCUUGCCAAACUCGUGUACGUGUAGCUGGUGAAGCCACCCAGAUCCUCACACUCAAGUGCGGCCAACCGGACAGCUCUAGCUCAGAGUCAAGCAGUGAAGAGAUGGGAAGAGGCUGGUUCUAUGAUCCAAACCAUUUUGGGAGCGCCGAUCCUGCCCCGACUGCUCCGCAAAAUUUUGAUUCAUCUGUGUUUCUGGGACGGCACCAAAACAGGCCAAAUCAAGAUGCUCGUGGAGACAACUUCAGUAAUCACCUAGAGUAAAAAAAAAAAAAGAAUAAAAAAAGACCCCAAUACACAAAAUGUGAUGGUGCUACCAGCAGAUAAUCUGAGGAAAGGGGGUACAUGCAGUGUGCCCAAAACUGUAUUUACUGACAGUCUACUUGAUUUUUACCACUCGCCCAAAGGGUUGUUAACUUCAGCACUGCAGAAACUUACAGGAACUAAUGUUACCAAGGAACACACAAUAAAGGCGAACAAUAAAUGUCUUAUUUGAUAA